AAGAGAAAAAAGGAGGAAGAAGAAGAAGGGGAAGACGACUCAGCAGAAGAAGAAGAAAGAGGAGGAAGAGGAGAAGACGUCGCGAUUGAUACGUCGAUGUUCUGGAAUCUUCUUGUUAAUCAAUCCAGCCAUCACUAAAGCCCUCGGGAUGUUUUCAUCUCGUGGCUCACUUCGAGGUUCCAGAGGAGCCUGUUUUGCCCAACUUCUCAUGAAGAACUUGCCUGCGACACCAGAACUGACUGAACCACACAAAUAUCCGUCUGCUCUCUCAACUCCGGAAGGUCCGGGCAAAGAUAUCUUCGACCAACAAGUGAAAAAUACAUUCAAACCUGCUGUUGAUCUAAAGCCAAAGGUAUCACCUAAAAUGCUGAUUGACAAAUACAUGCAAGGUGAGACCCAUGCUGUGAGCUUGCUUCAUCAGCUGGCAAAGAUUUUGCAGUUCCACAUGGAAAUAAAAGAAACAGUGACGACAGGCAAUGUCCCAGGGCUCUAUUUUGCCUUUUGUGUUGUGAUUGAUGGUGUUGAGUACAAGACGGGCAUGGGAACAACCAAAAAGAAUGCCAAGCUAAAGGCAGCAGAGCUCGCUUUACAGGAUCUGCUGCCCACUCUGGAAAGUGGAAAGUCUGGCCUUCCUGAGGCAUCAGAUGCCCCUCCACUCCUCCCAGUUAGAGAGGAGCCCUCCAUCUCUGAUGUCUAUCCCUGUAGAGCCAAUCAUGAGAGGAGGAAUUGUGUCAACCUCCAGAUUCCUCACGCUGUCAGGGAUCAGCUCACUAAACUGAUGAGCAGUCACCUUGAGUUCUCUGCGUGUGCAGGCACCACAGCAGCGUUCAUCAUUCAGACUUCCAGUGGAUGUGAGGUGGUUGCUCUCGGCACCGGGGACUUCAAUACCAAAGAGUGCGGUUCGACGAGUGGGCGGAUCAUGCACGACUCACAUGCAGCUGUAACAGCCAGGAGAUCUCUCAUGAGGUUAGCUGCAAACAUCAUUCUGUUAGAUUUUUGUGAUUCUUGCUGCAGUGAUAUCCGAGGCAUGGAGAUGUCUGUGAGCCAGCGUGUGGAAGGGAUCACCUCUCAGCUGCCCAUGUUCUACUGCAUGAUGAGGCCCCACAUCAGCCUGGCGCCCUCUGUGGCUACUAACAGCAGCGAUGGCGGUCAGUUGACCUACGGUAUCAACUGGAGCGAGGGAGACAGCUCCCUGGAGGUCGUGGAUGGUCUGCAGGGCAAGACCAUAGAGGAAUCUCCCUUUAAGAGUGGAUCUGCUCUGGCAAGUCGGCUGUGCAAAGCAGCGAUGCUGCACCGCUUCAAGCUGGUGGCCAAAGAAGCCCAGAGACAGGACCUACUGGCCACGAGCUCCUACAGAGAAGCCAAGAGGAUGGCAAAGCCGUACCAGGAGGCAAAGACUAUACUGAGGACGUACCUGUCGCAGCAGGGCUUUGGGUCCUGGCUGGUCAAACGAUCAGUUGGGGAGAAUUUCAGUAUGUAAACAGAACCACAUUAUAACUGGAAUUUAAAAAUCUAGCACCUGGAAGCAACUGAGUUUAUAUUAAUAAUAUUCAAACAAUGUUUAGUUUG